AGGUGACCCUGCCUUGCUUAUAUAACGACUCCACCUUUUAAUAAAGACCGUCUCUCUCUCUCUUUCUGUCUUCUUCUCUCUUUCCUUUAUACUCCCAACACUCAUUUUGGUAUCUCUUCGGGCGUGUACCAACUAGAAUGUGAGCGACUACCCGUCCCUCACUCCUAGUUAUUCUUAUCCGCUGUCUCUUUAUUCGUCUUGUCUUUAUAUUGUGUCUCUGUCAGUCAGUCCGUGGUAUUUAUUGUUGAUAUGGAGAGAUCCUCUUCUAAUCCUGAAUAUGUAACAGUACCUCCUCCCGUUUCUGUUCCUCCUGUCAUUAUAGAGACAGUCUUACCUCAACCUUCUCCCCCCUCUUCCCUCCCUCCUCCUCCUCCUCCCAUUGAUGGUUCCACUGAAUGGACUCAGCCCACUGGCUCCGAGUCUGUAAAGCUUUUUGUUGGUCAGGUUCCGAAGCAUUUUGAAGAGGAAGAUUUGCGGCCAUAUUUAGAACAAUAUGGUCCAAUAGGAGAACUCCUGAUACUGAGGCAUAAAGCAACCAGACAACAUAAAGGAUGUGCUUUUGUCACAUACUUAUCACGAGAAUCUGCUGAACUAGCCCAAAGAGAACUCCAUGAUAAAGUUAUACUACCAACAAUGACACGCCCACUACAAGUCAACGCUGCCGGCACCAAACAAGAAGAGUUGCGUAAAGUUUUUGUUGGUAUGUUAAGCAAGACUAUUGAUGAGAGUCAUGUCCGCUCCAUGUUCGAGAGGUUUGGUCACAUUGAGGAGCUGACGGUUCUUAAAGAUAAAGAUGGAUACAGCAGAGGAUGUGCCUUUAUAAAGUUCUCGUCAAGACAAGAAGCACAAUCAGCCAUUAAUGAGAUGCAUGGAAGUGAAAUAAUGGCAGGUGCCAGUAACCCUCUGGUAGUUAAAUAUGCCGACACUGAGAGAGAGAGACAUGCUCGGAAGAUGCAGAAGGCGAUGCAACAGUUUGCGGAACUCUCUCUGAACCCUGUCUUCCAAGUACUGCCACACCCUCAGUUUUUUAACCCCAUAGUGUAUGCACAGUUGAUGCAGCAGCAGUCUCCGUUAUUAUCCGGAGCCACGCCCACCCUAUCCCCCGGAGGUCUAUAUUCACCAGCUCCUCACACGUUACUGUCUCCCUCAUCUCCAACUCACGUUCCAAGUCCUAUUGGUUCCUCUCAUGCCGGUGCUACUGGUACUGGUACAACGGCUAUUGGGUCGCCCGGUGGCCUGCACCAUGGACUGGCACCUGGUGGAAUGGGCGGACCUCAUACAACUGGACUCUCUCAUAACGGACUCCAUGGAGCCUCCAGUGAACACAUCCACAGUCCUUUACAAAGUCCAUUACACGGUUUCUCUGGUUAUGGUCUUCCUUAUUCGUUUGCUAAUCCGUCAACGUUUGGUGUCCCCUCACCUACUCCUCCUCCUCCCCUACCCUCCUCACAGAAGGAAGGGCCUGAAGGUUGCAAUCUGUUCAUCUAUCACCUGCCCCAGGACUAUGGGGACCAGGAGCUAGUGAACCUGUUUGGACAGUACGGCCAUAUUGUUAGUGCUAAGGUCUACGUUGAUAAGAACACUCAACAGAGCAAGUGUUUUGGUUUUGUGAGUUAUGACAACCCUCAGUCUGCCAGUACUGCUAUAUUUGGACUCAAUGGGCUGGAGAUUGGACACAAGCGGCUAAAAGUGGAACACAAAAAACCAAAAGAAAGAAAACAUCAGAAUUAUUAAUACCACCACCAUCAUUGUGUGCUUAGCAAGAGAAGCUAUUUAAACUAUAUUAAUUUAUUAUUAUUAUUAUUAUUAUUAUUACUAUGUUGCUCUGUCGAUUGUCAAUUUUAUGCCAUUGUGUAGAAAUAGUCGCCUGAUUUUUCUAUUUUAUUUUAUUUCAUUUUGUGUUAUUUUUUUAGAUCCAGAAUCUUCUGUAUUAUUAAUAAUAUUAAUUAUUAAUUAUAUAUUAUUAUUAUUAUUUAAUCACUUCAUGUUUUGACUUAGUGGA